AUGCGAAGCUCCUCUCCUGCAAGCAGCAUUGUGGAAGUUCCUGCAUCGUCGCCCUUCCAACAACCUAAAAAGCCUACAUCUCUGGGUAACACUCUUGGUAGCAGAGUUGCCCCUCUCGGUACCUUUUUUCGUCCUCCACAACGGCCUCCUCCUGCAAUGACCAACAAGCGACCGGCUGUUGAGCCUAUCAAUCUCAUCUCGGACGAUGAGGACGACCUCACACCUCCCCGUGGCGAUAUUCGACCGACAACGUUUAAGGCACAGAUCUCGGCAUUCGCGUACAAUCCUGAACUAGAGAGCUCGGAAAAGACCAUCAAGAACAAACUCCGACAGAUUUAUGAUGUUUUUGGAGAAAGAGUGCCCUCGCACAAGGCCAAGGAGGCUUUGAGUGCAUGCAAAAACGAUCUCACAGAAGCAAUAGAUUAUCUCGAAAAACAAAUGCGUCAGCCCAAACAGCCGGCGCCCAACCCUAAACCUGGCAGACGUCUGAUUAGCAAGGCGGCUCUCCAAUCGUCAGCGGCAGCAAGCCGGGCCAACUCCCGCUCACGCACAGCAUCCCUCAGCCCUAUAAAGAAACCCCGACGGCGACUAGUACAAGGUCUCCGAAAGGCCUCGAUCCCUUCGUCUCCGGCAUUCCCGUCAUCUCCCCCCGCCCAUGCCUCAAGCGACGAUCCGCUAAUUAUUGACCUUGUCGACGAUCGGCAGGAGGAUACGUAUCAGGCAGAGGCAUCGCCAGAGCCUUCAAACGAUGAGGAUGAUCGGGUGCUGACUUGCCUCAACACAAGCACUGUUCAAGAACUGGCUGCCAUGACAGGCAUGAAGGAAGAGCAACUUGCUUGCAUGAUCGAGAAGCGACCUUUUGAUGACAUCUCCAAGGCUAGGCGUGUCACCGUCGGUAAAAAGCCUGGCGCCCGAAAGGCUUCCAAAGUCAGCAUUGGAGAGAAUGUUGUGGAAGCAGUCGAGGUCUUUAUUGACGCAGUUGCCGCGAUCGACAAUGUUGUCGGCAAGUGUGACCGCGAUGCAAAAAAUAUCAGACAACAGCUUGAUACCUGGGACAUCGAUACAUUCGGGCAUAGCAAGCGAGAGCGAAGCCAAAACUCGGACGAUCUGCCUCCAACCCCUACAAGCAUCAGCGCGCCCAGAUACGUGCGCCCACCCAUUGCCCAACAGCCCAAGUACAUGGAUGGGCAUUGUCAGAUGAAACCUUUCCAGAUUGUAGGCCUGAAUUGGAUGUCCCUCCUCUACCAGUUUAAGAUAGGCUGUAUCCUUGCCGAUGAGAUGGGGCUGGGCAAGACUUGUCAAGUCAUUUCACUCAUUUGCCACCUUGUUCAGGAUUAUGAGGAGAGCAAAGGGGGGAGAGGGACCCGACCUUGGCCCAAUCUCAUCGUCGUUCCCCCAAGUACUUACAACAACUGGCUAGGAGAAUUUGAGAAAUUUGCUCCAGACCUCUCGGUGAUCGGAUACCGAGGCUCUCAGGCAGAGCGAGCCGAGAUCGCAUAUGAGAUCGAACAUGAUCCUGAAGCCUUCCACGUCGUGCUUGCAACAUACUCACAGAUUAACAACGACGCGGAUAUCGAGGCUAUGCAGUCUAUUGGGAUGCACACUGCCAUUUUUGAUGAAGGCCACAAGAUGAAAAACCCAGAGACCAAGAUAUACAAAGAUCUUCGCCGUAUUCAUGCAUCAUGGAAAAUGCUCCUCACAGGAACUCCUGUUCAGAACAAUUUGUUGGAGAUGACCUCACUCCUCAAUUUCAUAAACCCCGAUAUCUUCAAUGGCUGCAUGCAACACAUUCAGUACAUCUUUAGCCAAAAGGUCACUAUCAGAGACGUUUCAAACGGUGCUUUUCUGUACAGUGAGCGUGUUAAGCGAGCCAGAACUAUCUUGGAGCCGUUCAUCCUUCAGCGUCGAAAAGAUCAAGUUUUGUCAGAUAUGCCUUCCAAGAUCUGUAGUGUCGUCCGCUGCGACAUGGACGAGAACCAGAAGCAAGUGUAUGCCGAGUACGAGGAGAUGUUCAAGCUUGAGCCGUCCAAGCGCGUCGCAAAAGUCCGUGGCCGUGGAAAUGACCAGAACAAUUGCUGGAUGCAGCUUCGAAAGGCGGCACUCCACCCGCUCCUUUUCAGGCGUCAUUUUGAUGACGACAAGGUUGGGAAGAUGGCUCGAAUCCUGAUGGAUAGCGUUUCUCAGGAUGAACUCCGUCAACCCGACAUAAAGCAUCUCAUCCAAGAACUCAAGGAUUCUUCAGAUUUUGGACUUCACCUCUGGUGUCGUGACUACCCAGGCCUUCUCGGAAGGUUCGACAUCCCUCCAGAGACUGAGAUGGACAGCGGAAAGGUGAGGAAACUUCUCCAGCUCAUCAAUCAGUAUCAGGAGAACGGUGACCGAGUCCUUGUGUUUAGCAAGUUUUCUCGCGUCAUUGAGCUGCUGCAAGAAGUGCUCGAUCAGCAGAAUAUUCGGCAUCAAGUCUUGAUGGGGAGCACCCAUGUUGUGGAGAGACAGACGCUGAUCGACGAGUUCAAUGAUGACCCGGAUAUUCCAGUGUUCCUGCUCACAACCGGAGCAGGUGGCACAGGUAUCAACCUCACGGCUGCAAACAAGGUCAUCAUCUUUGACCAGUCGGACAACCCUCAAGAUGACAUCCAGGCCGAGAACAGAGCCCAUCGGCUUGGUCAGAAGCGUGAAGUCGAAAUCAUUAGACUUAUCGCUUCCAACACUAUCGAGGAGCUCAUCUACAAAGCUUGUCAGAAGAAGAUCGAGCUCGCGAACAAGGUCACUGGUGCUGUGACUGACGAAGAUCCCGGUGUGACAGAACAGACCCUCGAGACAGAAGUCCGCAAGAUGCUCAUGGAGGAACAAAUGACGCCUCCUUAG